GCCUCACCCCUCCGCCACACUUCGAAUAACACUGGAACGCCGCUGCUCACGAUCGACUCAAAUGCGGCCCCUACUCCUCGACGACAUGAUCAUCUAAUGCCUCGGAACAACCUCAAUGAACAAAUCAAGUGGUUGCUGAGCGCGAAGCCAUUCAUUCCGCCCACGACAUCCCUCAUUGCAUACGAUCCCGAAGUCCCACCGGCAUAUACAACGCCUACAGAACCAGCUUCCUUUGUGCCCGACGCAGCGUCGCAUGAUGCAAUCGACAGAGUACCUCCGAGAGCAUCCGUACCGCCUGCCCCGCCCUCCUCCAAUAACACCAGACAGCCUUCCCCAGGCGGGGACGCAGACCCCGAGAUGGCGCGACUACGCGGCACUCCAGGCGAUGGAAAGCCUAGACUUAUGUUAAAGGAGGUGCCAGUGCAGAGAACGCUCUCUAUUUCGACGCAUGCUCGGAAAGGGGAGGAAGCUGGUGCUGCUAGGCCGCCUGCAUCCAGUUCCCGAAAUCCCAUUACGGCGAAGCAAGGGAAUGGAGGCGAAAUAGACACCAUCGACUUGACCAGCGACCUUGACGAACCACCUGCUAAGGACCCGCAACGCCCUAAGCAGGGAAAGAAACGGAAGAGCGAUGAGUUUGAACAUGGUGAGAGGAUCAAAAAAUCGCCCCGGCCGGACAAACACCAACAGCCCGCGGCCACCCCAAAUAGACUCGAUUUUGAUGAUUUUGCCAACAUCGACGAGUUCGGACACGUACCCACCAGCCCUCCUCCUCCAUAUUCAACUACCGUCCCAGAUGUUCGGGUUUCGGAUGAUGCUGAUAUGGAAGACAUUUCUUACGAUAAUGAUGACUUUGGCGUUCGGAUCCCCGAUAGUGGCGAUGAAGAAGACCUACGAGAUGUCAUGCCUCUGUUGCCGGAGAAUGUCAGGAAGCGGAAGCCCAUGAAUCGCGUGCCUUCGGACGCAUCUAUCCCUCCCCGUAAGAUUGGCAAGCAGGUCGAAAACCGGUCGUCAGAGAAGGCUACAGUUCGAGGUUCUGAAAAGGAGCCGCCAGGGAAGGACAUUCCGCGUGAGACUUCGGUGAAGAAGGUGCGCCAUGCCGUGUUGGACUCUGAGGAUGACGACUUUGGAGAUCUUGAUGAGAUAGAUUUUGAGUCUCACUCUCCAGGAAGGGAGGCGGAAGCUGAGCUCCGAGAAACCCGCAAGUCUACCCCUCGGGACUCCCCUCAAAGGCCCACAAAAUGGGAACCAUUGACCUAUGAUAAUCCCCAUCCAGCUCCCCCACGGACUCCCCAGAGACCAACCAAGUGCGAAUCCUUGAUACUUGAAACAGAAGCGCAAACACGUGAGAGCAGUCAUCCAUCUCCACGGCGUUCCCCUCACAAACCAACCCCAUGCGAACCCGUGACGUCUUCUUUGCCGAUCCGUUCACCAACAAAAGCGACGAUAAAGACACCAUCAGGCUCACAAGCACGCCAGCGCGAGAUCCCUUAUAGUCCUUCGAAACUUGCUGGACUUUUCACAGCGCAGUCAUCGCCGAGAAGAUUGCAUGAUAGCCAGGAGCCCAAGCUCAGAUUUCCUUCUUCAUCAAACGUCCCGAAAGAGGAUAGGGAGCUCAUCCGUCGGACCGUGUCAGAUUUCAUAAGGAUUGAGGAAUGUCGACUCGGGGAACAUCUUCAGAAGGCACAACAAGAUUGGAAGGACGCACGUUCAGCUUAUCUGGAGCAUCUAGAGGAUAAUGACGGAAAGGCGCUUCCCGGCGAGUGGGAGAAGGUGGAGAUGUCGCGCUCGAGGAAGGACGCCACGGAGAAGUUGAUCAGUCUUGCCAGAGAUGAGAGGGAGCUGAGUACUCAGCGGAUGGAGGUCAGAAAAAGGAUGGAGGAAGCCCUCGAGAAGGGAGAGACGCCCGUUGAUGGCGAGAAAGCUGCCAGAAUCAAGCGGGCUUUGGAGGAUAUCCAAUCCCAAAUCUAUUCUCUGAUUCAAGUCGCCGGGUUGAACAGUUUCACCAACCCUCCUCCGCCCGAUCAUCCAGAUGGUUCCGCCCACGAUAUCGUUGUUCAAUCCACUCAGACUGCCACAGCUGUGAGGCCGGUGCAUGUCGCAGCCUCGUCAGACUUGAAUCACGUCCCUCAAACACAAUACGUCAGGCAGACACAGAUAUCCGUCCGCGAGGUUUGGACGCCUUCCAGAUCAAUCCGGUUUGCCGGAGGGAAUGAAACCGGGCCGAUCCCGCUGCCACCUGCGUUCGCGAAGCCCAACCGUCCGCCUCCUGAGGGUCAAGGAGCGGGCCCCAGAACCAUGGCGGGAGAAAGAUCUCACAGAAUACCGGAAACACCUCAACGCCGGGAUUCAGUUGAGCUACGUUUGAAGACCGCACGCGAAUCUAGCGGCCACGAGUCUUUUCACACACCUGAUGAUAUUCCUGAAGAUUUUGGGGACGACUUUGGGGAUGGCGAAAACCUAUUCGCAAAUUGUAUGGAUGAAGACGAAGACUAUGGCUAUGAUGUAGACGAAGAAGAUUGGCAUAACGUGGCUGAGAACAUUGAGAAAAGACCACUCCAGAAUUACGACUGGAGAGGCGAGAGAAUUGAGCCUGAGUCCCGGCAGCAACUCAUAGACCCUGUUUGUGAGUCCUCGGUUGCUCGCAGUCGACAACGGCCAAAUACCCGUUCCCCGCGAAAGUCUCAGCUUAAUGACGAGGGCUACAACUUCCCUUGGUCUCAGCAGGUGAGAUACGAGAUGAUUCAUCGAUUCAGGCUGAUCGGAUUCCGUCCGGGUCAGUUGGAGGCAAUCAACACAACUUUGAACGGAGAGCAUUGUUUCGUACUCAUGCCUACGGGAGGGGGCAAGUCCUUGUGCUACCAGCUGCCUGCGGUUAUUACGUCUGGCAGGACACACGGUGUUACCAUCGUCAUCUCUCCACUGCUUAGCUUGAUGGAAGACCAGGUUAAUGCAUGCCAGAGCCGCUUCAGCAUGCAGGCAGCGCUGAUCAACGGAGAAACCGGCGGUGCAGAGAAGAAUGAGAUUAUGGGCAGACUGAAGAGUCCUGAUCCCCAGAGUUCUCUACAGCUCCUGUAUGUCACGCCUGAGAUGCUCGGGAAAAGCCAGAGAAUGCUCAACGCAUUCAAGGACCUAUACAACAGAGGCCAACUCGCUCGUGUUGUCAUUGACGAGGCUCAUUGUGUCAGUCAAUGGGGACAUGAUUUCCGCCCAGACUACAAAGCCCUUGGAGAUGUGCUUCGCCAGUUUCCUGGAGUCCCAAUCAUUGCCCUAACGGCCACAGCAACGCAAUUGGUUCAGACCGACGUGAUGGCAAAUCUGGGAAUACGAGGUUGCCGCAAAUUCGCCCAAAGCUUCAACAGGCCCAAUCUGUCGUAUGAGGUUCGAGAAAAAGGAAGAAAUGUUGUCGGCAGCAUCGCAGAAUUGAUCCGAUCGAAGUACACAGGCAAGUGUGGCAUUGUGUACUGUCUAGCCCGGAAAACCUGCGAAUCUGUUGCGAGGAAGCUGAAUGAUUUGGGUGUACGUGCCCAUCACUACCACGCAGGCAUGCAGUCUCACGAGCGAUCGGACGUCCAGGAAAAAUGGCAGAAAAACAUCUACCAUGUCAUCGUUGCCACAAUCGCGUUCGGGAUGGGCAUCGACAAGGCAGACGUGAGGUUUGUCAUACAUCACAGUCUGCCAAAGAGCUUGGAAGGGUAUUACCAAGAAACUGGGCGUGCUGGCCGUGACGGGAAACGUUCCGAAUGCUACCUGUAUUACAUGUAUGCGGAUUCAAACACCCUGAGGAAGAUGAUUAUGGACGGCGAUGGGAGCGAAGAACAAAAGCAGAGGCAACGUGACAUGUUGCGCGAUGUCAUCCAGUACUGUGAGAACAAGAGUGACUGUCGCAGGGUUCAAGUCCUGCAAUACUUCAGCGAGAAGUUCCGGCGUGAAGAUUGCAACAAGACAUGCGACAACUGUAGGUCCGGUACAGUCUACGAGGAGAAAGACCUUACCUCAUACGCAGCUGCUGCAAUCAGACUUGUCGAACAGGUCGAGAAGCAACAUGCAACACUGCUUCAAUGCGUGGACGCCUUCCGAGGAUACAAGAAAUCCAGGUUCAUUAAGUAUGGCCUUGGAGAAUUCGGGUAUGGAGAGGACCUGGAACGAGGCGACGUUCAGCGGUUAUUUUCGUUGCUGCUCCAGACUCAGGCGCUGAGACAAGAGAGCGUAUUGAACAAGGCGAAGUUCGCGACCGCUUAUAUCAAGCUUGGAAAUCGCUGGCAGGACUAUGCAGAGGGGCGCAGGCGGGUGAAGAUGCAAGUUUCCGUUACGCCUGGGCGGGCAGCGAAGAAGUCGAAACAGAAGCGCGCAGACUACCCUUCGACAAACGUUUCGUCCCCUACACGGCCUCCUGUCAAGCGGAAUAUGCGCGAGUAUGCUUAUGCUGAAGAUAGCGGCGGUAAACAGAUACAGCGGCAGCGACGCACAAGUAAGCGGCCCAUAGUCCCAGAUGACGAAGGCGAAUCAUCAUAUGCCUGUCCCGAACCUGUGCGAAAUGCGAAGCCAUCGGCCUCGAAGAAGAACAAGGCUCCUCCACGCCUACUUACCACUUAUGAACGGAUACGAGGUCUCACUGAAGUACAGAACCUGAUCCUGGAGGACUUUGUCAAGACUGCAAAGGAAGAGGGCCAGAAGAUUCUCCUGCAGAAGAACCUGCGCAACCAACCCUUUUCCGACACCAUCCUCCGAGAAAUGGGUCUGGAUCUGCCUAGGAGUCUGGACGAGAUGCUCCAAAUACCGGGAAUUGAGAAAGAGAAGGUGGAGCACUUCGGAAAGAACCUCCUUCGGCUAAUCGAGAGAACUAGGCAGGCUUAUGGCAAUGAGCUGCCGCCACCGAGAGAACAGCCCGCUAGGUACCGCGUUAUUGUAUCUGACGAAGAGGAUGACGAUGAGAGUGAGACGCCCCUGGAUCCAAAUCAUCAAGUCAAACCCAUCAUCGACCUCUGCUCUGAAUCCUCGGAACCUCCUGCGCCGUCGGAUACGGAGAGCGUCUAUGGCAGUCCAGUUGAAGCGGGAGAUCUGGAGGCCGAGGAUGAGGAGUAUGAAGAACCGACAACGUAUAAGAGUCACUAUUUCGUGCCCACGGCAGAUCCUCGCGUUCAGGAAUUCAAUCCACGCAGCGAGCAGUCGAAGGCACGGUCAACGGUUGCGAGUGCGGCGAAGGGACACAGCACUGCGAAACCGCCACUUCCGGAACGAAGGAACCUGCCAUUCAAGAGUAACAAUCAUCGGAGGUCUUCUGGAGGAGGGGGUGGGACCAGAAAAGGGUAUGCAGGUGUGAAGAAGAAGGGGGCGGCGAAGAAGGCGCCAGCUAAGAAGCGGACGGGUAGUGGUGGGAGGGGGAGUGGAGGAGGCGGCGGAUGGUCUGGCAUCAUGGCAAUGCCGAGUUGAGAUAAAAGGAAGCGAGUGUCGUCAGCGACUGCAGGUCAUUUAGAACCAUGCUCGGAGUUCUGUGGGAUCCUUGUUAUGGCAUUGAGCGUGCGUAGCGGGCGCCAUUUUGCUGGGCGAUUCGGCUCCGAGUUUAGGGACUGCUGCAUUUGCAUAUGCAUAUAUUUUGUAUGGGGUUCUAGAGGGUAUCUUCCAUGUUGGGGUUUCAAUCCCUCCUUCUUGAAGGGCUUGCUUGAUUCAUGCACACGGGUCUGUCAGAUGCAAGAAGGAGUUCUGUGGAAGACUUGGGCGGAGUGCCCAUGGAUGGUGCCCGUUGUUCAGACGGCUAAGAAUUGGAGACAUU